CCCCCCCUGCGCUCGGUGUUUCUAAGAGAGCCUGUGUCAGUCAGACGGAGGCUUCAGUCGCUUUAUCUGUAUAUAUCGUGAAUUUUUACUCCGCUUGUUUACAAAACAUUGCGGGGGAUUCAACCGCGGUUUAUUCUCCUGGACGAAGCUUCGGGGUGUAUAUACUCCUGGAUACAUUAUUUUUUUCUCUUCUGUCUGGAUAAGAGGAUCCCUACCGCAUUUUUUUGUUGUUUUUUUUGUGUUGUUGCAACAACGUGGACUUAAAAAAAAACAAGGGAAGAGAGAGUAUCGGAAUAAAAAUUUCUUUUUCAAAACAAAACAAAACGAAGACACACGUCGUCGUCCUCCUGUGGUGGAUAUCCUCAAAGGGAUGCUGCUGUCCAAGCUCAAUUCUCUGGCCCACAUCUCCACCGUAGACAUGCCGGCGAAAAUCCAGCUCCAAGUUCAUCAAGUGAAGGAGAGGGAGCCUUUCGAGAAGCUUUACCAGGUCGGCCCGGUGCUGGGCAGCGGCGGCUUCGGCACCGUCUACUCCGGUACGAGGACAGCCGACGGAGCUCCGGUCGCUGUCAAACAUGUGGCUAAGGAUAGAGUCUCCGAGUGGGGAGAGCUGCCUAACGGCGCCAGGGUGCCCAUGGAGAUCGUGCUGCUGAAGAAAGUCGGGACGGGUUUCCGCGGCGUUAUCAAAAUGCUGGACUGGUUCGAGCGUCCGGACAGCUUCAUCAUCGUGAUGGAGAGACCCGAAAACGUCAAGGAUCUGUUUGACUUCAUCACGGAGAAAGGUGCCUUACCGGAGGAGCUGGCGCGGAGCUUUUUCCGCCAGGUGUUGGAGGCCGUGCGGCACUGCCACAACUGCGGCGUGGUGCACCGGGACAUCAAGGACGAGAACAUCCUCAUCGACCUCCGCACCGGAGAGAUGAAGCUCAUCGACUUCGGGUCCGGAGCUCUGCUCAAAGACACCAUAUACACAGACUUUGACGGCACGAGAGUGUACAGCCCACCAGAGUGGAUCAAAUAUCAUCGCUAUCACGGUCGCUCUGCCACGGUCUGGUCCCUGGGUGUCUUGCUGUAUGACAUGGUGUGCGGGGACAUCCCAUUUGAACACGACGAGGAGAUCACAAGAGGGCAGGUCCUCUUCCGGAGGAGAAUCUCCACAGAAUGCCAGCAGUUGAUCAAGUGGUGUCUGUCUCUGCGGCCGGCUGACCGUCCAUCCUUCGAGGACAUCAUCAACCACUCGUGGAUGCAGAACACGUCCUCCUCAGUGGUCCCAUCCACAGUGCAGACAGAGAAGUCGACCACAGAGAUCAGGCUGCACAGCAUCGCUCACGAGCCCACAUCCUUCAUCCCCACUCCCGUGGGCGUGGCUCGGUGAUGGAGGUUCUCUCUGAACCGAAGUGGACUGCACUGACACAAGAGACUUUUACAAAAGACUUAAGUAACAGACUUGAAGCAGAAGAGAGGAGCGGGGCACUGGCUGACGGUUCCAGGUGUAAAGGGACGACACGCUCUCUGCCCUCGCCACCCCAACUACUUGAUUUUCCCAGCCGUCAACACAAGUCAGAUCUCACAGCACCAUCCUUUGGUUGGACUCUGACCCAGGCAGCGGGUGUUUAUCAGUCUGUAGGAGGGCGUGCUCUGUACGCACGGGCACCCGCGCUGAGCAAAUACAGUACACACACCAGCUGUUCUGCUGAAUGGCAAGCGGACGGCCUGAGUUAUGUAACCUCUCGCUGCACUGUACUCUGCUCUCCCUCUGUUCUCGCUGUCGCAGCAGAGAUGGAGGAGCGGAGGCAUUGGCGAAGAGGAUCGUGCUUUUUUUUUUUUUUAAAAAGUGCCUUCUGUUAGAUUGUUGGGGGACCCUGAAAAUACUUGAAUUUGUGAAAGCGAAGAGGUCUCACCAACCUUUUCGUUCUUUACUCUGUACAAGGCUUUAUAUUGUUUAUUGCUGUUUUUUCCUCUCAUGGGCCUAGAUCAGUAAAGCCCAUGUCAUUUACAACCACUACUAUCACUACUCCAAUGUCAUUAGCAACCAGACAACCUCAUAGCUCCGGGCAGCAACCUGUGCAAACAAACCAUAAUCCAAGAAAACAAACAAAACACACACUGGACUUACCUCACUCUGUCUUUACUACAGCAUCCACCUCUACUCUACUCUACAACCUCUGCUUCCUCCUCUUCUCCUCGUGUUGUUCUGUAUACAAACACAAAGGCUUAGCGCUCAUCCACACCCACCCGAAUGCACACCACAAUGCAAACGUAACCAUACCGAGAUACAACAUCCUCUGCUCUUUACUCUUUUUUUUUUUUUUUUUUUUUUUUUUUUUUUUGUAAACAGUGCCUCAUUACAGGUCUUAAAAUUCAGCGGAGACAAGAAUUGUAAAUAAUAAUGAUAUUUAUUAUUGCUGUGACUUCUUUCUCACACUCGAGCGCAGAAUUUAUUUAUUUAUUUAUAAGAGAAUUUCAGCUGUACGUGUGUAUUUCAUUCCACAGUCACUGAAGGGGCCCACAGAUUAUUUAAAAGACAAAGACGAGAUGAUUUUUUUCUCUCUCUCUUUUUUUUUUUUUGACCAUAUUUAUGGCUUGAAAUUUGAAAAGAGCAGAUGUGUGUGUGUAUGUUUGUGUAUGUUAUGUAAAUACCGUGUAAAUAGUCCUGAAAGCACUUCCAUCUUAAUGUAUCUAAACAUUGAACGUCUACUGAUGGUAACUGUUUCGUUACGCUGUUGUCUGCUGUGAGAGCAAGUGGAUUCUGAAUGUUGGAUGUAUGUGUGUGUGAAUGUAUUUGUGUGUGAGUGAGAGAGUGUGUGUGUGUGUGUGUGAGAAUGAGAAAACUCUUCUGGUUUCAUGAUUGCAGCUUGGAUUGUUUUUUUCAUCGAUUCAAAUUAGAAUUGUAAAUUAUGUUGGAAACUAUUUUUAUACGAUUUCAAUAAAUAUUUUUUUUUUAACUAUGA